AUGUGUUGCAUAGGUACUCCACAAAAUGCUUAUUUAAUGGGAACAGGAAGUGAUGGCGCGGCAAUUUGCUCAACUUCUGCAUCAUUACAACUGGCUCAGGUGCUUCCACAAGCAUUCAAAAAACAAAACCGUGUCAGACACUGGGCGCUCCGGACAAAUCUCACUCUUGAGCAAUUUCUAUUUGCUGCUAUAAAAAAAACGAAUAAAGGAAACUAUGUAAUUUGUCAAAGUACUCUGCUUUUAAAGGCGAAGCCACAAAAAAAAAUAACAAGUGAUUUGUGGACAAAUCAGUCUCUACAUUUCCACCUACAUAAAAGCAUUGCAUUUGUCAAGGGAAAUCUUGUUAGCAAUCUCCCAAUCAACCAAAAAACCUGGCAUUAUCAACCAAUUCGUUAUACUCAGAAGGUCCGAUUAAGAGGAGUGACAUUUUCCAGAGCAUUCCUAAUUUCAUUGAAUAAUAUCAGUUUCCCUCGUGAUACGUUGUUAAAUAAGCAAAAGUUAUUCCCACAAAACGCUUCCAAUUUAUCCUCUCACGAACUAUUACAUGCAAAGAAGGAUAAUGCAUGUGUACACAAGGGUCCGUCAGUGAGACUACUUUACCUUCGAAUUAACAUUAUGGGAGAGAAAUUUGGCUUUGAAUCAGUUUUAAACGUAAAUCAGAUCUUUGAAUUAAACAAGGACUCAGUAGAAAUUGAAAGCAAAUUGCAGCAUUAUUUUGAUGGUACAUAA